ACCCGCAUCAGGGACAGCUCGGGAAUGUUGUUUAGGAACGGACUGAAGCAGUGUCAAUAUUUGCUAGGCACGAUCCCACCAUGUGAGCAACAAGCACGGAAUGUGGUAAUAAAAGAUAAAUAUUCUGAAGAAGAAACAAAUGUUGUGGAGGAGAAAACAAGGACAAAACGGAAUUGUGGCACAGCCAAGAGUGCCACAGCAAUUUUUAUUUUAUUUACAUGGUCUCUUGGACCAUAAGUCGUGUUAUCUGCAAAGCAGGGGGUUUUCAUUGCGCCACGAAGCCCCGAGCACUGCUCCAGGCAGUGAGGGUGGCCGUCCUUCACCCACGUGGAGCUGUGGGUCUGGGGACAUCCAAGAAAGAGGAGACACCCACGGUACCGGCGCGAUCCGAGCCGAAGCCCUGGCGUUGCCCGGCGGGGGAUGCGGGGCCGCGCCGUUCCCUGGGGGCGGGGAGCGCGCCGAGCUCGACGCUUUCCGGCGCUGGCCGCCGAAGAUUGGAAGCGGCGAGCGACGCGCAUGCGCGGUGUUGCGGCGGGGCCUGGUGAUGGCGGCGGAGGAGGCGGCUGCGGCGGCGGGCGGCGCGGGCACAGCCGGGGCGGAGGACGGGGCAGACACGGGCGCGCCGGGCCCUGGCGGAGCCGAGGCGGCGCCGCCGCCGCUACCGGGGCUGCAGCUGGUGCAGCAGGGCGCCGAGGCGUGCGUCUACCGGGGCAAUUUCCUGGGGCGGGCGGCCGUGGCCAAGCUCCGCUUCCCCAAGCGCUACCGGCACCCGGCGCUGGAGGAGCGGCUCGGCCGGCGGCGCACGGCGCAGGAGGCGCGAUCCCUGCUGCGCUGCCGGCGGGCAGGGAUCCCGGCUCCCGUGGUCUACUUCGUGGAUUAUGCGUCCAACUGCAUCUACCUUGAAGAUAUUGUUGGCGCGAUCGCCGUUCAGGAUCACAUCUACUCCGUGCAGCAGAGCGGCAGCGAUGCCAGCAGCCUCCUCGGCUUGGCAGAGAAGAUGGGCCAGCUGCUGGCCAGGAUGCACGAUGAGGACCUCAUCCACGGCGACCUCACGACGUCCAACGUGCUGCUGCGGCCGCCCGCGGAGCAGCUGGACUUGGUGCUGAUUGACUUUGGGCUCAGCUUUGUUUCAGGUCUUCCUGAGGAUAAGGGAGUCGAUCUAUAUGUGCUGGAAAAAGCCUUCCUUAGUACCCAUCCCGAUACAGAAACUGUGUUCCAGGCUCUGCUACAGAGCUAUGCGGCCGCAUCUAAGAAAUCCGGCCCAGUGAUCAAACGUCUGGAUGAGGUGCGGCUCAGGGGGAGGAAGAGGUCCAUGAUUGGGUGACAGCAGGCAGCGAUGGGGAAAUAUUCCUGCUUGGUUCUGCCUGGGAGGUUAUUUAUACUUCCAGCUACUUUUAUUGCACAGAUUACUAUUUUGAUAAUAGUGUCUUGUAUAAAAUAAAUUGGAUUGGAUUUCUAACUGUUGUAAAGUUACCCAAAUAAUGUUGAAAUGUGAGUACUGAAGGUCGCUUCUGACCUCAGCAUUAGAUGUUUCUGUUGAAAAGCAGCUCUGCUCCAUGGGCCUUGUUCUCUGUGCAGGUACAGCACCUGGUAAUCUUUUCAGCCCAGGGAUUGCAGGUGAGGGGGGCCUGGGAGUACCUACAGAGCAUCAACAAAAGGUCAUCAAGGAAAACAGAUGUGUUUUUUUCUCAGACUACAAAGUGUUUCAGUCCAUUAUCAUGGCCUCUGCACAUGCUAAAAAGUCUCAAGACUCUGAAUUCCAGGACACGAGCAAUGGUUGAAAUAGAAUACUAAACACAGGACAAGUUCAGUUGCUUCUUUUUUUCAGUAGUAAUUUUGAGUUAGUUUUCAGUUGAUAUUCUGUGGUUAAGUAUAUGCAACAGUUGUUAAUGAAGAGUUUUCUGCUCAGAAACAUCAACUGAUGCAAGAAAUCUGCUGCAAAUUUCUGUUU